CGAACGUCCCCGGCCGGAAUCCCUGCCUUAGAGAGCUGCGAGCCCAGAAGCGGGGAGAAGUUGGAGAGGUCGGGAGGGGAGGGUAGGAAGAAUUUGAAGCCAGACCCCCGCCCUGGUCAGCUGAGCCCCCGAGGAGCGUCUCUGCAGUGUCCAGGCCGAGUGUGGACGCGCCGCGCGCGGCCCCGCCAGGGCUGAGAGUUUGCAGACCGUCCCUGCCGCGGCCCGCUCGGCGGCGGCCCUGCGGCUCCCGCGGCUGCCGCGGCGGCCCCGGGCUCGAUCCAGCCCAGGUAGCCCCGCCGCAGGCUCGGGGUGCCGCGACCCCGUGCCCCGCGGAGCCUUGGGCCCCCCCGGGGACGGCAGCUGGCAGGCACUCCCGGCUGCUGCUGCUGCUGCUCGACAAGGAGGAGUGAUUACUGCUCUAUAGUAGACAUUGGAGGCGGAUCCAUCAGGCCAUUUUCUCAAAGAACCAUUCAUUUCUGGAGACCUGACCGGAAGAGAACGAUGCAGUGUUGAUAAAAAUGGAAGUUAAAACCAUAGGCACCCCAGUAGAUCUCGUGAACACACACUGCCAGAGGAGAAGGCUAAGGCCAGGAGGGCAGCAGAAGCAGGAUGGAAACGAGGAAAGGAAAUCGGCUGACGCAGGAGCCCGAGUGAGACGAAGAAACCCACAAGCCCAGCCUACACCAUGAACUUGUGUCUCCUUUCCACACUGUAAGAGCCCAGGGCAGGUGAAGUUGCCGGAGAGCAAUGGCUCUCUUUACUCCGUGGAAGCUGUCCUCUCAGAAGCUGGGCUUUUUCCUCGUGACUUUUGGCUUUAUCUGGGGUAUGAUGCUCUUGCAUUUUACCAUCCAGCAGAGGACUCAGCCCGAGAGCAGCUCCAUGCUUCGGGAACAGAUCCUGGACCUCAGCAAGAGGUACAUCAAGGCGCUGGCAGAAGAAAACAGAAAUGUGGUGGAUGGGCCCUACGCGGGGGUCAUGACAGCUUACGAUUUGAAGAAGACUCUUGCUGUGUUGUUGGAUAACAUUUUGCAGCGCAUUGGCAAGUUAGAGUCAAAGGUGGACAACCUCGUAAUCAAUGGCACAGGGACAAACUUGACCAACUCCACCACAGCUGUUCCCAGCUUGGUAGCACUUGAGAAAAUUAAUGUGGCAGAUAUCAUUAAUGGAGCUCAAGAAAAAUGCGUAUUGCCUCCUAUGGAUGGCUACCCCCACUGCGAGGGGAAAAUCAAGUGGAUGAGAGAUAUGUGGCGCUCGGACCCCUGCUACGCAGAAUACGGAGUGGAUGGGUCCGCCUGCUCUUUUUUUAUUUACCUCAGUGAGGUUGAAAAUUGGUGUCCUCAUUUACCUUGGAGAGCAAAAAAUCCCUACGAAGAAGCUGAUCGUAAUUCAUUGGCAGAAAUUCGUACGGAUUUUAAUAUUCUCUACAGUAUGAUGAAAAAGCAUGAAGAAUUCCGAUGGAUGAGACUACGGAUCCGGCGAAUGGCUGAUGCGUGGAUCCAAGCGAUCAAGUCCCUGGCAGAGAAGCAGAAUCUUGAAAAGAGAAAGCGGAAGAAAGUCCUUGUUCACCUGGGCCUCCUGACUAAGGAAUCUGGAUUUAAGAUUGCAGAGACAGCUUUCAGUGGUGGCCCUCUUGGUGAAUUAGUUCAGUGGAGUGAUUUAAUUACAUCUCUGUACUUACUGGGCCAUGACAUUAGGAUUUCAGCUUCACUGGCGGAGCUCAAGGAAAUAAUGAAGAAGGUUGUAGGAAACCGAUCUGGCUGCCCAACUGUAGGAGACAGAAUUGUUGAGCUCAUUUAUAUUGAUAUUGUAGGACUCGCUCAAUUCAAGAAAACUCUCGGACCAUCCUGGGUUCAUUACCAGUGCAUGCUGCGUGUCCUGGACUCAUUCGGCACAGAACCAGAGUUCAACCAUGCCAACUAUGCCCAGUUGAAAGGCCACAAGACCCCCUGGGGCAAGUGGAACCUGAACCCGCAGCAGUUUUACACCAUGUUCCCUCACACGCCAGACAACAGCUUCCUGGGGUUCGUGGUCGAGCAGCACCUGAACUCCAGCGAUAUCCACCACAUUAACGAAAUCAAGAGGCAGAACCAGUCCCUUGUGUACGGCAAAGUGGAUAGCUUCUGGAAGAAUAAGAAGCUCUACUUGGACAUCAUUCACACGUACACGGAAGUGCACGCGACUGUUUACGGCUCCAGCACAAAGAACAUUCCCAGUUACGUGAAAAACCACGGGAUCCUCAGUGGACGGGACUUGCAGUUUCUUCUCCGAGAAACCAAGCUGUUUGUUGGACUUGGGUUCCCUUAUGAAGGCCCGGCUCCCUUGGAGGCCAUCGCAAAUGGAUGUGCUUUUCUGAAUCCCAAGUUCAACCCACCCAAAAGCAGCAAAAACACAGACUUUUUCAUUGGCAAGCCAACUCUGAGAGAGCUGACCUCCCAGCAUCCUUAUGCGGAAGUUUUCAUCGGCCAGCCACACGUCUGGACUGUUGACCUCGAUAAUCAGGAGGAGGUGGAGGACGCCGUGAAAGCAAUUUUAAGUCAGAAGAUUGAGCCGUACAUGCCAUAUGAAUUCACAUGCGAGGGGAUGCUACAGAGAAUCAACGCUUUCAUUGAAAAACAGGACUUCUGCCACGGGCAAGUGAUGUGGCCGCCCUUGAGUGCCCUGCAGGUAAAGCUUGCUGAGCCCGGGCAGUCCUGCAAGCAGGUGUGUCAGGAGAAACAGCUUAUCUGCGAGCCUUCCUUCUUCCAGCAUCUCAACAAGGACAAGGACUUGCUGAAGUACGAGGUGACCUGCCAAAGCUCAGAGGUGGCCAAGGACAUCGUGGUGCCCUCCUUCGACCCCAAGAGCAAGCACUGUGUGUUUCAAGGUGACCUCCUGCUGUUCAGCUGUGCAGGCGCCCACCCCAGGCACCGGAGGAUCUGCCCCUGCCGGGACUUCAUCAAGGGCCAGGCGGCCCUCUGUAAAGACUGUCUCUAGCAGCCUCCGGCUCGGCCCCGCACGCACUCUCCUGGGGAAGACAGUGGCCUCAGCCCCAUCGGGGCAAGGCCGGAGGGCAGAAAUCAUCCGGGGACUCUCGCCAGAGCCUGAACUCUUUUGGCGGGAGGCCUCGAUUUGGUGUUGGUCCCGCUGUGGUCGGAGCAUCUCAGCGGAGUUCUCACCAAAACAAAACGAGAGUCGGCAUCAGGCCGGGCGCCCGGCUUCUCCUGGCACAAAUUCGUUUUUAAUUUUGGAGGAGCUACUGCAGGGAGACUGUCUGUGCAGCCGCUCCGGGGUAGAAAGAGAAUCUCAAGGUUCCUUUAAAUGAAACAAAACCAGAGGAGGAUUUGGGCUAGUUGGAAAGAACUUCGUAUGGGAACAUUCCUAAACCCAUUAACUUAUUUAUUUGGGAGGGAGGGAGGGGGAGCUGGGGAGGGCAGAGAGGGAUUGAUCACGUGUCUUGUAGCUUCUUCGAUUUUCCACUGUUGGCCGUCCACCUUCACUAUAAUAUUACUUCUGUCUGCUUUGGGCAGGGUGCGCUGUGGGGUUGAUGGCAUGCUUAGGGGCAGCUAUGGGGACCUAGCUCCUCAAAGUGGAUGGUGGCAGAACAGAACAAAUCUUGUGUGCUUGCCAGACGGCAGCUAGGGGACAGGCUCGGAGGCCGUGCUCUUUCCCCCUUAAGAGAGUUGUCCUCGAGCUGAGAUUUGGACGGGAGUGAAGCUGGUCCCUAAGAACCAGUGGCGCCACCGGAGCUGGGUUCUGGACGGAUGGGCUUGUGUUGUAUUCCCUCUAAUGUCUGAUGUCACUGGAGUCCAGGGAACGGGGCUCUUGGUGCUGGCUUGAUGCUGGCUCGGGGAGCAAGGGCAGGCCAGGGUGCAUGUGCACUGUCCUGGUCACACUCACCUAUGAGUGUGGAUGCGGCGUGCAAGGGGUAGGAAUCUGAUGCUGGCUUUUACUCCAGGCACAAAUAUUUGUGGGGAGCGGGAGCGGGGGCGGGUGAGCCGCUUGGCAGGUCGGACCAAACCGUGGAGUCUCCCCCUCCUCUGCUUUUGUGUGAGUUCCCCGGUCCUGCACACCUCCACCCCGUGCUUCAGUGCUGCGCAUGUAAGCGUGUGUGUCUCCUGCGAUGCCCUGGCAUCUCUGUACUGGUAAGAGUGAGCCCUCUUCUCUGUCUGGCGGAAUGUCCCGCUUAUGAGCUGGCCCGUGAUCCGUCCAGCCCUCACUCAUGCUCCUGAGUGCCUUGGUCGCCGAGCAGAGCAGCUGGGCAAGGCUGAUGGCCUGGGUGGGCCUUCGGGACGUGAGGUUAAAGUGAGAAUUCUGCUUUCUGAGGACCAGAUGGAGUGUGGAGACUUGAGUUAUGGGAAGUUAGAUUCCGCCUGCUUCUGGAUUCUUCUUGGGUGUAAAAUUAAUAUCAAGUGCACAGCCAGCCUUUUUUUCUUAGACCCUCUGUGGGUCUUCAUUGCACCUCCCAUCUCAGAGGAUGGAGGGACGGAGGAAGGGCAGCAGGGUCUCCCCGACCCCAUAGGAGGCCCACAUAUGCCAGGGAGGAUGCUGGCAGGGAGGUCUCUCUGCUCUGAGCGUGGAUGCAGGGGCCUGCCCGACACAACCUGGCUGAGAACAGCAACAAGGAUGGAGGGUGCGAGGGCCUGAGUGCUUUGAAGCUUUGCAAGGGUGGUUUCCUGCAGUGGGAGGAAACAACUGCCAUCCCUGCUGUGGGGAACUGCUUUUCCCUACAGAUGGGAUUCCUGGCUGCAGCCUCGCUGGUGGCAAUUUGCUUGAGGGCCCAGACCUGCAAUUCCUGGGCCGGUGCUGCCCUCUUCUGGGCUCUUCUGGGAGUUUCCAGUGCUGAGGACGUGAGUGCCGGUGUUUGACCAGCAGGGGGAGCCGGCGGGCCGAGACGAGUUUCCCACUCUGCCAGAUUAAGCCAUUUUGCGAGAGAGCUGUUAACAGCCAGCGCAGGAACUCUGAAAGCAAGGAAGUUGGAAAGCCCUGUUCUCAGAAAGAUGCUGUGCCGGGCUUGUGUUCCAGAAGCUGCAAGGAUUGUUUGCUGGCUGCCCCUGAGCUCAGGGACUCUCCGCCUUCUGGAGAAUUCCUCUUCUCCACGUCAGGACUCUCAGGUCAGGCAGCCAGGAGAGCACCUCCCCAUUUGAAGAUUCCUCCGGCUUCCCCCCAUUUCCAGUCAUGGAAGUAAGCCAGAGCUCUCUGCCCACAGGGCAGCUGCUCCUGGGGCUAAGAAACCCACACUCCAGUUCUUGAGGGCAUUAUGAACAGAGGUGGCGACACUGAAUGUAUACUGGCUCUCAGGCCUCCACACACGUGGCCCAAGUCUGGUCAGCGACCCAAGAGGACAUUGGGAUAGGGACCUCCAUCUGCCCUGCGCAGGAAGGGGUGCGAUUCCUGCCUGCCCUGGGAGAGGAAGGCGCCUCUCAGAGUGUGGGCUGGGAGCCUUCGAUGGUUUUGCCAAUGCCGAUCUUAAUAGAAUCCUAAACCAAUUAAUUGGUAAUUGAUGACAAUUCCACAGGCAGAGAAAUCCCCAAUCAGGAUUAGUGUCUUGUGCUCUGAGCAUCUCUCAUCUCUUGCCUGGUCUUUAGUUUUCGUACAUUUUUCUCCUAAAAGAUUUGGGAUUUUUUUUUUUUUUUUCCUCCUCCACUGUGAUCCUAAGUUCUUAAAAAAAAAAAAACUCGAGGGAAAACAUUUAAUUUAUUAAAGGAGAGAAAGCUUUCCUUUGAAAUGUUAAAGACUUUCGGGAGGAAAAGUUCCUGAAAGGGGAAACACUUCUCACGCCACUAAACACCUCAUUUAUUUCUUGCAUGUAAUUCGAUUUGCACACGUACAAUUGGAGAAGCUUUUUGCAUUUUUGCUUAGAUUGGGUUUUGUCACUGCUUAUAGUUUACUUUUUGUGUGUUUUGCUGUAUGUUUGGAGAUAUUUCUUUGGUGGUAUUUAUUUUUUCUCUGAGGUGCCUUUUCACUUUUCUUUCGGGUUGGUGUUUGGAAUGUGGGGUUGGUUUUUGGAAUCUGGGUUUUGUUGAAGGAAGCUAGCAGACUCCCCCAGCUUGGAGAUAGGACGUGCCCUGGCAUCACUGCGGGCAACUCAGGCUGGGCACCGGAAAUGCCCCCCAAGCCCCCCUGGGCCAUAGUCUAGUCCACCCCCAUGAAGCCAUGAGAACCCCCAAGAAAAGGUCCGACUUCCUCCAGACCAGCCCAUACCUUCCCAGGCUGCUCGGCCAGGUCUUCGGGUUUGUUUGGGGACUGCUGGUUGACACGUGCCACCCCGGGAGCUUGGUGAGGUCUGGCCGCAGCAGAAGACCAGCCCUGUCUGAGGGGUUACACUGAAGGGAAGCAGGCCCUGCUGAGCUCAUGGAAGCACUGGCCCAAAACCACUUCAUCUGCUUAGCAGGAUGAAGGGGAAGAAAUACACACCCCCUUUUUUUGUUUCUUUGGCAAACGUGGGGUUCGAUAAAAGUGACUACUCAGCUUCCCGGUAAGCUCACUUUGGGGCGCCCCAGUGCAGCUCACUGGUAGUGAAGCCACGAGUGUGACCGGGUAGACAGAAACUGUUCUGUUUAUGGGUGGAUUUGUGCUUUUUAGACCAGACCAAGGCAGGCCACCGCGUUCUCUGAGGUGGUUUACCUAGAUUGUGUAUUUAAUGGGGACAUUGCCACCCUGUCCCAUGCCCCCCCCUCAAUUCUUGAUUUAAAAAAAAAGGUCUGUUAACGACAGGCUCUGUUGUGUUACUCUCCCAGGCCUGGAAUGUUUUAUUUAUUGAAAAAUAUUUUCAUUUCCACACUGGCUUCAUUCUAACCCCAUCCAUCCCUAUGGGGCUGCAGAGCACCUUAUGUGAAGAGAUGGAUGGAUGUAGAGAGAUUCAGACUUCUUUAGGAAGGUAGGAAUUUCCCAAAGCGGAGGGCGGGUUCCUUUCCUUCUUGUGGGCUUCAACAAAAAAAUGGAAAACCAAGUUUUUAUAGCAAAAGGCCAAAUUAGCUGUCUAGUGUCCGAUGCAGAAAAAAACUACCCUAGCUUUCUUAGCACUUCGGGUUUUUGUGAGGAUUCAGUUUAGCCGUGAAUUAGCAGUGUUUAGCAGUGUCUGGCAUAUAGUAAGCCCUAGUAAAUGUUAAAUAUUGUUGUUAUUUGCCUUUCAUAAAAUUCCAGAAAAAAAGAGCUGAGCUCACUUCCUAUCAUUGAUUCAAAAGUAGUACCUACAGGAGAAUAUUCCAGGUUGAUGGAAUGUUGUAGGACGUAGUGGUGGAAGAUACCUGAGUCCCGUGUCCACCCUGCUGGUUAAAAUGCACUGACUGGAAAAUAUGCCUGACUUCAGCCCCAGAUGGAACUGGGCCGCAAGAAUUAGCAAACUGAACAUAAGAGGGUGACCUCUGGCCACAUGCUGGACCGCACCCCACUCUUACCUUCUGGACCCUUCCAGGGUUUUUCUUGGCAGAACUUGGUGAGCUGGAAAUUAAAAUGAAUUCUCUGACAGACUGUCCCCUUAAAGUUACCCAUCUUCCUCUGAAAUGCAGUGAUAGAGGCGUUUCUGUUUUUUAUUGAAGGGGAAAGGAAUGACCAAUUGAACUUAAUCGCUCCCCAGGAAGCCCCUUUUGGCGCCCCCUGCUGGCCAGGGUGGCUCCUCCACUGUCCAGUCCAAGAGGAUCAGACUCCCAGGCUGGUUAGUUGUCACGUUUCUAUCACAUUACAGGUUAUUCUAUGGGGGUGGCGGGGGCGUCUUCAGAGCUCCAGGAGGCUGCUCAGGGCUUAAUGAUGUUUUCCCAGAUCACCUGAAUGUCAGUUUGCU